AUGGACGACGAUGAGGAUAUUUUCAACUCGGACGGAGAGGAAGAAAAGGAGAAAGUGGUGCAUCCGGAGGACAAAAAGCACGUGCUGAGAAGAGAUCUCCGUACGAUGGUGUUCGGAUUCGGUGACGACAAGGUAAGAAAGAAAGUGUAUGAAAAGAAGCAUCCAAUUGUUCAGGAGCCGUACGACAAGACGCUCGACACUCUGGAGGCGAUAGUCCUCGAGUACAUCAAAGAGUUGUGUCAGUUGGCGAUGAAAGUGGGCAAGCCGGACAAGAUGGCCCUCGAGGACAUUCACUAUCUGAUUCGUCGUGACUCGAAGAAGUUCUCCAGAGUUAAGGACCUUCUAUCGAUGUCCGAAGAGCUGAAGAAGGCGAGAAAACAGUUCGACGACGCCAAGACUCUCUGA